AUGUACCAUCUACAGGCCAGGGUUAUAGAGUUAGAGGCCAGGGUUAUAGAGUUAGAGGUAAGGGUUAUCUACCAGCUACAGGCCAGGGUUAUAGAGUUAGAGGUAAGGGUUAUCUACCAGCUACAGGCCAGGGUUAUAGAGUUAGAGGCCAGGGUUAUAGAGUUAGAGGUAAGGGUUAUCUACCAGCUACAGGCCAGGGUUAUAGAGUUAGAAGUAAGGGUUAUCUACCAGCUACAGGCCAGGGUUAUAGAGUUAGAGGUAAGGGUUAUCUACCAGCUACAGGCCAGGGUUAUAGAGUUAGAGGUAACGGUUAUGUACCAGCUACAGGCCAGGGUUAUAGAGUUAGAGAGACAAGUUAAAGAAGUAGCAGAGAGGAACAAGACAGAGUUAAACAAACUGACCACCAAGCUGUCCCUGGCAGAGAAGGAAGUCAUGAACAAAGAGAUCAGCUACCAUGAUGCUUACAACAAGUUUAAAGACCAGUUUCAGGCAGAAGUCAAGAAACUCAAGGCACUGUUUGAGGCUGAGUUUGAUAAGAAAGACCGCCAUGUUCGGAGGCUGGAAGAAGAAGCGGUCACGUACAGUCAGACCCUUCAUGACAGGGAGGCCAGACUGGACAAAUUGGAGAGGGAAAAUGAGAACUUCCCCCACACCCUGGUCAGUGAACACCAUUUACUGGUAGAGGAGGUGCAACACUACAGAGGGGAGCUGCAGAAAAGGUGUGCCCUGAUCACACAGUAUGUGGAAAGACAACAGUCAGAUCUCCGGGACAAGAAUGCUAAACAGAAGUGUCAGACCAUCACAAACAUGUGCACAGAAAUGAUGGAGGAAAUGCAUAACCAACGUUACGUGUGCUCUGUGUGUCACACCAAGAGAAGGUCCCAUCUGAUCCAGCCCUGUGGACACUAUAACAGCUGUGAGACAUGUCUGUUACAGUUAACGGGUUGUCCUCUCUGCAAGGAACCCAUACAGCAAAAGAUCAAAGUUUAUGAAUAGCUUUGAAUUGUGAUACUUGGCUAGUCCAUGUGAACUUUCUUAAAGAUUCCAAAGGAUAUUGAACAUUCCUAACACAAUCAUGAAAAAUGUUACAUUGAGCUAUUUUUAAAAGAUUUUGUAGUGCUGCAUGGGUAUAGCAUCAAAGGGUACUUCAAAAGUGAAAUUUUACAGCUAGGAUGCAAUUAAAAGUUUUAUUUUGCAUAGAAACUAUGCAGUUAUAUAUAAUU